AGGAGGCGGCCUGGCUUCUUUCGGAGUUGUCGACUCCAGUGCACGGCAUGUCAUUUGACAGAUCGCAGUGUCACCCACUGCUGUCGGUGGAGGAGGUUCGUAGCCAAUUUGGCUCAAGUGCCAGCAAGUCAUGGGCCGCCUGGCCUCCGCGCCGCGCCCGCGGCCGCCCCCCUCGGCGGUGCUCCCGCCACGCGCUGGGCGCCGGCCGCCUGCGCCUCCGCGGCGGAGCUCCUGGGCUGGGUGCGCGAUGGACGGCCUCGCGCCCGCCAGGGCGCUCGUGUGCCUCGGCGGCAGGGUCGCCGACCUGCGCGGCACGGCGGCGGGCAUCGCCGCGAACCUGGUGCUGCCGCUCGACGCCGACGUCUUCGUCUACGCCCCGCGGCGCGCCAGGCGAGACGCGGACUCCCUCGCGGCCCUGGAGGAGCUGCGGGCGCGUGCGCCGGGCCGGGUGGCGAAGGUCGAGUUCUUCGACGAGGACGGCGCCGCGCGCGCCGCCUUCGGCAGGCUCCCGCGGCCCGCCCUUGAGGGGCUGCUGGCCGUCGGCGGCAACUGGCUGGGGGGCCUGCCAGCCAACCUCUCGGGAGGCGCCGAGCGGUGGAAGUUCGCGGCCAAGGGGGAGCUGUUCACCUAUCGGCUGGAGCUCACCUAUCUGCAGCACGAGCGGUGCCUGAGGUACUACCUCGGCGCUCGACGCGGCCAGGGGCGCCUGGUGUACACGCGCACCGACUUCGCCUGGCUCUGCCCGCACGCUCCGCUGGAGCUCUUGGACACGGGCCCGUCUGGGUCCGUCUGGGUGCCGGACUCCGGUUGGGACGACUACGGCGGCGUCUACGACAACCACGCCGUGCUGGAGGGCGGCGGCGCCGAGGCCUUCCUGGGCAGCUGGCGGCGCCUCCUGGACGGCGCGGCCGCCGCGGCCCUGCCGGCAGGCCACGGCUCCUGGGUCAACCCGGAGACCUACUUGGCCGCCCGUUUGGCCUCGGCGCAGCACAAGGGCCUGGCGUUCCGCCGCUACGCGCAGUGUGCGUACCGCACAUGCCGCAAGGACGAGCGCGGGCGCUUCCUGGGAGGGUCCCGCGCGGGCGGCGAGGUCUCGGACGGCAGCGGCGCGUGGGCCCAGUUCCCGUGCGACCCGGCGACGGGGGCGCGGCGCUCCUACCCGUGGGAGUGGGCCGCCGCCACGGCGGUGGCCGCGUGCUUCCGAGCCCGCGGCGCCCCUGGCCGCGCUGACGGCGGGUGGACGCCGGAGCUGCUGCACUCCUGCUACAGCGCGCCAGUGCCGUUCCCGCAGGACGCCGGCUUCGCCUACGCGCGCGGCCGCCCCGCGGCGGCCUCGGAGGGGCCAGCGGCAUUCGCGGCGCGAUGCCUGGCGGAGCACGCGGGCAGGCCCGAGCACUUCGGCGGCCUCUCGGGGGCGCCGCUGGCGGACCUGGAGAGCAGCCUGCUGCAGUGGUCCCUGCUGCAGGAGCAGCGGCACGAGUGCCUCGACGCCCAGCAUAAGUACCUGUACGUGCGGCCGGUCCCCCGAGGUGGCGGCGGAGGCCGAGGCGCCGUGGCGCCCCCUGACAGCGCCCUCGCCUUCGGCCUCUGCGUGCCCGCCGCCUGCUCGGUCGAGGCGGGCCGCGCGCUGGCCGCGCGGUUCGCGUCCGCCGCCGGCCUUCCUGGCGCCGCGGCGGCGGCGAGGGAGGCCGCGCCGCCCCAGAGCUUCGCCGCCGAGGACCCGUCGACGGGGGAGGAAGCUGGGCCAGAGGGCCACGAGCCGCUGUGGAGCGUGCCGGUGAGCGCGGUCGAAGGAAUCGACUUCGUCGUCGCCGGCCCGCUCGCCGCGGGCUCCGCGGCGCUCUUCGCGGCGCUUGCCGCUCACCCGCAGGUGCUUACCCUCGGGGCCCAGCCGCAGCUGCUCCUGCAGCUGGGCCACGAGCCGUGGGCCUCCGCACGCGACCGCCGCCUGCUGCUGGGCCGCCGCGGAAGCUCCGGCCCCAGCGGCGAUGCGCUCGGCCUCUUCGACCCGCGGGUACUCGCCGGCGAGGCUCCCGCGGGGCGGUUGCGGUCGCUGCGGCGCCGCCGCCGGGUGCAGCUGGUGGUUGCCGUGCGCAGCCCCACGCAGGUGUUGGAGGCUGCGCUGUGCGACGGCCGCGGUUCGGAGCUGCCGCAGGCGGAGCUGUUGCAGGCGGAGGCGCUGACCACCCGCGUGCUGCUCGACUGGCCCGAGGAGGACGUCCUGCUCGUCCCCCACGAGGCCAUGGCCGCGGACCGUAACCGCACGCUCGAGAGGGUGUUCCGGUUCCUUGGCCUGGCCCCCGCGACCCCCUGCGACGGCAGGCCCACGGCCCCUCGGAGGCCGCGGAGGGCCCGGGCCCCCCCUUGCGCAGGGGGGCCCAUACUCGAGGGGCUGCGGGCGGCGGCGGAACGGUACCUGGCCGAGGAGGCCGUUGCGCUCCGCGAGCUGGCCGCGCGCCUCGGAGGGCUCGCGUGGCCGCCUACGGCGGCGGCGGCGGAGCCCGCGGCCACUGCCCGCUGCUUCGGCGACGGCACCGGCGCCAUGCGUUCGUGGUGCUGCCCGCGGGAAGCCGAGGCCGCUGGCCUCCCUGGCGCUCACGGGCUGCGCCCCGGCGCCCGCCGCGCCGCCGCGUGCGCCAUCGCCGAGGCGGCCGGGUGUUGCGCGAGGUUCGAGGAUGCCCACAGGGCGCUCGCCGCGGCGCUGCGUCGGCGCCUCGACGCCGCGAAAUAG